CUCAACAUCACCACCUCACAAUAUCUCGCUGAUCGUUCACCAGUAAAGUUCGUCAAGAACACCACAAGUUUAUUAAAUAAUAUCAGUGUUGACAGCGCACUCGCAGUCACUGACUACACAUCAAGUGAAAUAACAAGAUUAUAAUUAAUCUUGAAUUGUGAUUAACUGUGAUUAGUGUGAAAAUAACGAAGGAUAUUAAACAAUGCAGAUGAACGAGCAAAUGAUGGUUGUUGAUGGACAGGAGCAACCGAUAUCGAGAACAUAUCAAUACAGAAAGGUGAUGAAACCAAUGCUAGAACGCAAACGUAGAGCCCGCAUCAACCUCUGUCUAGAUCAGUUAAAAGAUCUAAUGGUAACAGCCCUAGCUGGUGAUGGUGAGAACGUAGCAAAAUUGGAAAAGGCUGACAUCCUGGAAUUGACAGUUCGUCAUCUUCACAAACUCCAGCGUCAGCAGCGUCUCUCCGCAAAUCCAGUUAUUGAUUCGGAUCGUUUUCGCGCUGGUUACACCCACUGUGCUAAUGAGGUGAGCCGAUGCUUGGCUGCAACACCAGGAGUCGACAUUGCAUUGGGAACAAAACUCAUGACACACUUGGGACACAAGUUAAAUUUAAUGGACAAGACUGGACCACUGACUAUUCACGUAGCAGCACCUCAAUCAUCACCGUCGGGCAGUGAAUCAUCGAUGACUGAUGAUUAUCCAAUGCCCUUGACCCCAGCAUCGAGUCAACCAUCACCUUCGGCAAUCAGAAGUGAUGUGGACCUGAGUAUGUCGAGUCAAACACAUCACGGACUUCUGCAAGUUGCCAAAACGACGGAGGCGGUCUGGAGGCCGUGGUAAAUCAACUUGGAGGGAUUUAUUGGGGACAAUUGUGUAAACGUCAUCGCGAGAUGGGAAUUAAUAGCGAUAUUUGUGAUGUUAGAGUCAAAAUUAUUGAGGGUUUAAAUAAUGCUAAGAGACUUUACGUUAUUAUCACAUGAAAAACGAUCAAAAACAUUUUUUUUGUUACAACUGACGAUAAUAAUUCGUAGAAAAUGUUUUCGGUAUUUUUAACGAGUCAUUGAUUCGGUGGGUAAAUGUUUUUGAUUGUUUUUUUUUUUUAAUUAGGAGAGGGUUAAGACACGAUCUCGACACGACACAAGGUCACGGUACUUCGUGCCAAGUGUUUCAAGCUUUAAUUUACUUCAGAGUUAGAUUUUUUGUCACUUUAAUAAUUGUUUAAUGAUAAAUAACUUUUUGUCUGUUCUGGCAGUCGUUGAACUGUUCAAUUAAUAAUUAAUGUGCAAUUUAAUGAUUUGAUUUUACUCAGUUCAGAGUUUAAUGAUGUAUAGGAUGGCGCCAGAACAUUUUUCAAUUCGUAUGUAUGAGCCUCGUCUCGGUCGUUUUUUUAUAAUUGACCAUUAUUUGAUGUAUCAUUAGAUCCUUGAUUUAGAGCAAAUCAAAAAUUGUCAUAAAAAUUGUUGAGAAUUUCUAUGACCGAGCGGAGGAUCUUGUGAUAGAGAAACAUGUACCUGUGAUAUUUACUGUAGCAGAUGUGCUAGUAAAUGUUUUAUUAGAUUUAUAAAAUAAACAGAACGAUUUUUAAAAA